GCAUGCAAAUGACUCCUAAUGAACUCAACCACUUCAACUCUUGUACUAUACUCUGAAUCAAGAACAGAGGAACCAAAAAAAGAAAACAUGGUUUCUAUUUUUGAUUCAAACUUACUUCAAAAGCAAGUAAACUUGCCAAAAGAGUUCAUUUGGCCAUCUAAAGACUUAGUUAACACAACCCAAGAAGAGCUUAAAGAACCUCUCAUAGACUUAAGUAUCAUGAAAAGUGGUGAUGAAGAAGCUAUUGCAAGUGCUGCUGAACUUGUGAGAAAAGCAUGUUUGAAACAUGGUUUUUUUCAAGUAAUUAAUCAUGGUGUGGAUCAAGAUCUUAUUCAUGAUGCUUAUUGUGAAACUGAUUCCAUUUUUAAGUUACCUUUAAGCAAGAAGCUAAGUGCUAAGAGGGUGUAUGGUGGAGUUUCUGGCUACUCAGGUGCUCAUGCAGAUAGAUACUCAUCUAAAUUGCCAUGGAAAGAGACAUUUUCUUUUGUUUACAAUCAUCAAAACAGUUCCAACACACAGAUUGUUGAUUACUUUGAAUCUGUCUUAGGAGAAGACUUUCAAGAUGCAGGAUGGGUGUAUCAAAAGUACUGUGAAGCAAUGAAGGAAUUAUCCCUAACAAUUAUGGAACUCUUGGCUAUUAGUUUGGGGAUAGAUCGUUCUCAUUAUAGAAGAUUUUUUGAGGAUGGUGACUCAAUAAUGAGGUGCAACUACUAUCCACCAUGCAAUAGUUCUAGUGUCACCCUUGGUACUGGCCCUCAUUCUGACCCAACAUCAUUAACCAUUCUUCAUCAAGAUCAAGUUGGAGGUUUAGAAGUUUUUGCAGAUAAUAAAUGGAUGGCUGUUCGCCCUAGACAUGAAGCCUUAGUCAUAAACAUUGGUGACACUUUUAUGGCAUUAUCAAAUGGGAGAUACAAGAGUUGCCUUCACAGAGCAUUAGUGAACAAAUACAUAGAAAGAAGGUCAUUGGUUUUCUUUGUGUGUCCUAGAAAAGACAAGGUGGUGAGACCACCUCAAAAUUUGCUAGCAAAAAAUGAAGCAAGAGAGUACCCUGAUUUCACUUGGUCAAGUUUGUUUGAAUUCACACAGAAACACUACAGGGCUGAUGUUGCUACCCUCCAAAGCUUCUUUCAGUGGCAUUCCUCUUCCAACUUUUAGAAAUUACUUCAUGAUUCAUGGGUGUGUUUUCUACUAUCUCUGAUCCUUUUUAUAAGAGACUUCUGAGUUAACUAAAAUUAAUGUAUCUGAUUUAUAAUAUAAUUUAAAUACAUCAAUUUUUAUUGACUCAUAUAUCUCUUAAAAGAAUCGGAGAGAGUAGUUGUUAAUGUUGCCUUUACUAUUUGACUUCAGUUUAAGUAUUUUUUUCACUGGCUAUAGCUAUAAUUAUCCUGUGUAUAUUUCAUAGCUAGUGCCUAGUGUUAUGUAUCCCUGUACGGUUUUUGUGCACAUAGCUUGCACCUGCAAAUCAUAGGCUCUGUUUGGUAACACAAAUAAGCUAGUUUAUAGCUUAUUAUAUGAGCUUAUAAGCUUGUUUCAAAAAAUUAGAGGUGUUUGGUAACAAGCUUUUUGUACUAGCUUAUAGCUUUUUUUUAGAUGCUAUUUCAAGUAGCAUUUGAGCUUAUAGCUUAUAGCUUUUUACACUUUAUUCCAUUUUUACCCUUUAAUUUAAUAACUACCUACUCUAAAAAAUAAACUACCCACUAUCAAUUAUGUAAUUUUAUAUUUAAUAACCACUUUAAAAGCUAAUUUUACCAAAUACUUUAAUUUCAAUAAGCUAGCUUUUCAGCUAUCAGCUAGCUUUUCAGCUAUCAGCUAGCUUAUCAGCUAUCAGCUAGCUUAUAGCUUAUUUUUACCAAACGGACCCUAUAUAUACUUGUGGAAAAAUACAAUUGGUUGAUCAUAACUCACAAGGUACUAUUUACGUACACGCUUAUACAUUAGAGAAAAA